AUGUCUGUGAUCGAGCAGAACAACCCGCCGGAUGAUCUUCCGAGCGAUUUGGAGGAAAGCGAGGUAUGGAAAAAAAAUGCUUUUUGUCAUUCAUGUUUUCAAUACACGUGCGGUGCUGUUUGUGUUUGUCAUGCAUAUUUUCAAGGGAGUAUAACUAUAGGUAGCGCAUCUUCAAUCACAAAUUGAAAUUACAACCCGACAUAUUUAUCACAGGAGCCGUACUUCGGUGGUGACGAGAUUGUGGUCGAGGAAAACAACCAGCAGGACGAGGAGGAACCUCCGCAAGAAAUCUUUGACGACGACGAGGAAAAUAAUAUUUUCAACCAAAACAGUUCCAACGAGGAGCAAAAUGUUGGUGGGAACGAGGAAGACGAAGAGGGUGAUGGAAAUAAUCGGCAUAAUAGUAAUGACUCAGCGGGGAACGCGAAUGACGGGGAAAACGAAGGUCCAGGAAGACCACCGCGUCCUUCCGGCCAGCCGUCCGCGAAAAAGAUGGCGAGCAACAAACGGUCGGCCCCGGCGGCGUCGAGUUCGGAGUUCGAUGAUGACGGAAAUAACAACCUUGAUGCUGAAAACACCGAGGAAAACCGCGCGCGGCGUUUGCAGGAACGGCAGGAGACGAAGCACAAGUUGAUGGUAUCAAAUGCAAAUAUGUCUGGGUUUUGGAAUCUGUAAUGCUGAAUGUUCAUGAUUGAGUGCGCCUGUAAGUGAAGUGUAGCAUGACAAAUUUUUCAAGCGCUUUCUGAUGCUUAGUGCGCAUUACAAACUGCGACGCUUCAUGACGAAGUUGUGGUGCCUUUGUUGCUUUUAUGCAAUACAAAUUUUUCAGGAAUUGUGGACACGCAAUACAGAUUCUUAACCUUUCCAUGAUACCCAGACAUGUUUGCAAUUCAUAGAUGGACCGUCUGUACGAGAUUCUGGACGUUGUCGAAGCGGGAGUAGAACCUUCUACCAGCGGGAAGCGCCCGUUGAAGCAACCAGAUCGGUUGCUGGCCGACGACGAAGUCCGGAAACUCCUACCUGGGUUGACCUACUGGCUCCACCCGGAGCGGCUCACCGAGACCAACCAGGUGAUAUUGUCUGCAGCAGGGGUCGGUGGAACGGCUACAGCAGGAAGUGCUGGUGGUCCUCCUCGGAAGAAGUCCUCUAUUGGUGGAACCAAAGAUGUUGAGAAACAACCCAAUGAAGUCGACGCAGAAGAUGGUGCAAAUCAAUCCUCUUCUCCCGCACAUAACAACAAUAAUUCCGCGGGCGACACCUCGUCUCCCGCCGCGGCGCCUGAAAAGGACGAGAUGCUGGAUCACACGCAGGUGGAUCAGCAGGAGCAGGAGGAAAAUCAAAAUAACCAAAACCACGACGAAAAUCAGGACCACAAUCAACCUCACGGGAACAACAGCACGAACAAGAGACACACGACGAACAAGCGGGAACCUAAGCCAGAGACGGAGGAAGAAAAACGCAACCGAAACGUGAACAAGCAGCGCAUGGAGCGGGAUCGGGAGUUGUUGAUCGAGGUCUGCUUGGAGUGGAACCGAUCUGCGGACUGGCAGUUUCACAACCAGCCCCUCGCGGACCGGGCAAAUUUGGUCCGGGAUGUCUUUUUGAAAGUGUUGCUGCGGAGCAUUCUCCGCCACCGAAAAAAGAUGGCCAGCUUGUCGGAAGCGCAGAAGACGGGGGGCCCCCAGGGGUCGAAAUAUGGGAAACCGGAAGGAUGCGAGGACAAAGUCAAACGUAUUGAUUUCAACUGUGAAAUAAUUGAUUCUAAUUGCAAAAAUCAAGCACGAGGGCAAAAAAAAGUAGAAAUGCUUUUCUUUACCAUUCGACUUUCCUCGCAGUCACUGACAAAGAACUCAAUUCUUGUACGUUCAACAUCUAAGGAAGAGAGCUAAAAUUGAAUGCCUAGUAGAAAAAUGCGAAUAGUCAACAAAUCAGCAGCAACAAAAUAUUGUUUUGUCAAAUUGAAAACUACAUCAAAACAGUGCAUGAGAUCGGCCUCGAACCGGAUGUAAGCUUGCUGAAGCGCGCCUUCGAAUGCCUCUUCUCACCCGAGCGGAUUUUAACUCUCUUCCCCAAGUUGUUCGUCGUGACCGACCUGCGGCAAGCCCCGGGCCUCGACGGCAACGGGGGCCUCACGUUACCCCCGCCGCCCGCCAAGGAACCGAAAACGCCGACCACCCCCGCGACGAUUGACAAGCCGAACGCGAUCAUCGCGACCCUGGAAAACGCACUGGCGAAACGGAAGCGCGGACUCUACGUCGGCGUUCCGCCGGAGUUGCUGCGGGAGACCGAGGGCGCACUGUUGGACGGCUUGUCGAUGUCGCAACUGCUGAAUUGCGAGCCGGAGGUGGUUAUGAACUGCAAAAGUAUCGUACUCGUAUAAAUGCAUUACAAAUUUUCUCAGCAUGAGAAAUAAAAUUUGUAAUGCUGAUUUGCCUUGACAAAGAAAUUUGUAAUGCAAGACCUGCAUUUAUACGAAUACGAUACUUUUGCACAGCAUAGUGGUGACGCGAAUUCUGGAGCAAAACAUUGACGCGGUGUUCAAUAGCAAUUUAUCUCCCUCGGAGAGUCCAGCCAAUUCAGACGACGACGAGGAGAAAAACAGCGAUGAAAACAAUAUGAAAAACAAGAAUUCCUUCUCUUCCCUCGGCGUUCCCGAUGAAACUCGGCUCAACGACAAGGACAUCCAAAAAGACCUGUUCACCGUGAAGCGGGAGUACUUGUUCGCAAAAAUGGACCAGCCUUUGGGUGCCGCUACUGCAAAUGGUCCGAAAAAGAAGAAAACGAAGAAGAAAAACAGGAAGGGACUGCCACCAGGGGUGGAUGGAGGGGAGAAUAAUCAUCAAGAUGGCGGAGCGGGAGCGAAUCAAGUUGUCCAACCACAUCACAAAGGCGACAAGAACAGCUCCUACUAUGACAAAAACAAGGGCAGCUACAAAGGAGGCAAACCUGGUGUCAACAGCAAGAACGGUACUGUGUAUCACGAUGGUGGAAAAGGUAAAUAUGGUGGUCACAAGAACGGACCGCCUCCUGUUCCGGAGAAAGGGUAUUAUAGUAUCGGGAAAUCACCGUCUGGCACGGUUUAUUUAAACAAGAACAACCAGUUCGGGUUCGGGCCAACCGGAGGACAUGGACAUCAGCAUCAUCCACCAAGUAACGACAAGAACCACCAACACCACCCCCCUGGAGCAGGGAAACCAACGACCCAAUCCGUCAACAUGGGCGGCACCUUUCGCAUGAAAGACACGGGCUACGGGCCGAUCAAGGGGCCAGCAGCGCCGUCCGGAGGUCCACCAAAGGGAAGCGGGCCGUAUGGCCAGUUCUCGGCCGUGAAGGGCGCACCAGCUGGAGGACAUCAUCAUCAACACCCUCCGCCACAACAACCGCCCGUGCACCACCAGUCCGCCCAGCUCAUCGUGCCAAAAGGAGCUCCUCCACCCCCGGGGCCCCCCGCGGAAAAGGGUGGAAAGAGCACUGGUGUGCACCAACAGCAAGCCCCGAAAGGCGCAGGUGGAACCUACCGCGCGCCCGCAGCGGUGCAGGAAGCGCACAAAGGGAGUGGUGGCACUGCGAAGGAGCAUGGCGGGAAGGGUGGAAAAAAGGAUGGCUCUUACAGUGCUGGGAAGCAUGGGGGGUCCUCGUCGGGAAAGCCGGAUCAACAUCAUGGAAAACAACAAGAUUAUGCACCUCAUCAGCCACCACCGCAUCAAAGUGCGAACGCUCCUGCUCCACCGCAACAUCACCCUUCACCCGGCCACCACCCGCAACAACAAGCCGGUGCGCCGUAUCAUGGACAGCAGCACCAGCAGCAAAAGGGGGCGGUGAUUCAGCCACCCCCGGCGCAGCACCAAACCAUUCGGUACGACCCGAAUCAACAGCAGCACAAGGGUGGCGGGGGGCAACAUCAAAGCCAGUACCAGCAACCCCACCAGCAGAAGGGUCAUCUUCCCGGUGCGGGCGGAAAGCCGCAUCAUGAACAACAGCAUCCCACGGGGAAAGGUGGAGGUGCCCCGCCGCCAGCUGGCGGACAUCAUCACUCGCAGUAUGGUCACCAGCCACCGCCCUCUGCCACACCUGUCGAACAGAGCUCGCAAUACGGUCGGUCUUCUACUUUCCCUCAAGGUGGAAGUAGUGGGCAUCAGCCGUACAACCAGCAUCAGCAAGGGAAGGGCCAGCACCAACCUCCGCCAACGUCGGGCGUGCCAUCGCCGCACGGGCAGGAGCUUGUGCGCACCGAAAGCGCACCAGGCGGACCGUACAACGCGUUUUCGUUGACAGGAGGUCCUCAGGGUGGAGGUCACCACCAGCAGCAGCGCGACGCGUACGGGACGAACAAUAAAGGUUCUUCAAGCAACAUAGGAGCACCUCCUCCGGGUGCAGUGCAUCUCACCCCGGCCGCAGGCGCGCCUGCUCCGCAGUCCAUCUCGGGUAAGCAAGGUACUAAAGACAGUUACGACUACAAUUCUACUUCAAAAAGCGGGAAUAAGGACCACAAAGACAGCGGGAAGAACAAAGGCGGAAAGAAAGGAAAAAAGGGAGGUGACAAAGACUCGAAAGGGGGCAAGGGCGGGAAAAAGGACAAGGGAGGUGAUCAUGGUAGUUCUUCUGCGAACCCGAACUUGAUUCCGCUCGGAACAACGGCGACCGGAGGUCAACAUCCUUCUGCCACUGGAAAUGUUAACUCCUACUCAACUUUUCCGAAUUCGUCAUCAAGUGCUGCGCACCACAGUCAGAGUCAGCCGCAGCCUGGCCCGGGUGGUCAACAACAGCAGAUGAGCCACAGCUAUUCUUCGCAUCACCGCAAGAAUGCGGAUCACGACUAUAGGCAAGGUCCGUACAGCCACAGUGCAGGCGACGCAGGGCAGCAGUAUAAUCAGGGCGGUGGGGAACAACAACACCAGCAGCAACCGCAAAAUCAGUAUCGGCAGUUUCAGCAGCCGAAUAGCCAUUAUCAAACAAGCACGAACCAAGCUGGAGGUGGUGUGCAGCACCAGCAGCAGCAAGCCUCGGCAGGCUCUGGUGCACCAGCUCCGGGAGGUUCAUCUUACCAACAGCACCAGGAGCAGUAUCAUGGUACAACAACAGUCCAACAGCAGAACCAGCAGUCUUACCAGCAAGCGCCUAGUACAUCAACUGGCGCAGCUACAACCACAACGUCCUACACGGUUCACGUGGAUGCCCAUGGCAACCAAACCUACCACCCGGUUGUUCAACACCAGUCGCAACCACAGCAGCAGACGGCGCAACCACAGCAGCAGCAGCAACCGCAGAUCCAAUAUGUCGUACAACAACCGGACGGGAGUCGCACCUACUACACCGCGGCGGCGCCGGCAGCAACGAGUAGUGCGACAACAACUUCCAGCUCCGGCCAGCAACAAGCACAGGCGGGAAGUGGAGCUGCUGCUCCUCCUGCUACGUCGUAUAGUACUCAACAGGGAAGUACAACUGGAUACCACCAGCAACAUCAGACGGUUGUUCAGUACCACGGUAGUACAACUGCGGCCGCAGGAGGCGGACACCAGCAGCCAUCCGCGCAUCUUCAAACGGAGUAUAGGUACGCAGACGGUACGACCGCUGGUGCGGCGUACGGGGGUGCAGCAGCAGCAGCAGCAGCUCCGGUUGGAACAGGAGGCCACCAGCAGUACGGCCAGCAGCAGCAGGCCCAGUAUAAUCAUCAGCAGGCUACUACACCAGCAGCAGCAGCUCCGGGGGCUCCUGCUGCACACCAUCAACAGACGCAGCAGGCUGUUUCCUACAUUCUGGGUUCCGACGGGAAUUACUACCAAAUUUCCACCGGAGCAGGGACCGCGACCGCUGUUGCAGCAAGUGCUGGCGGUGGACAACAGCAGGCGCAACAAGCCCAGCAAUCGACGCAGCUGAAACGACAAGACAGUCCGGAGAUCACCAACUGGGGCUUGGGCUGGGGCGGAUAGGUGGACGACUUGGUUGAGGACGAGGACGAAGGACCUUUUACUUAGAUAGAAGUGCAAGUGGUGAAGACCGACCUACACUAGCACUUCCAAAAAGAGUUGUAGGAGCUGAAAGAAGAGGUCACAUUGAAACCGCAACACAAAAAA